GCAAAGAUCUGUAAUAUUUAUUAUUGAAAAGGUCCUUGCAGAAAACUCAGAGAAGUGAUGAAGUUUUCUUCUUCUUGAUGAACCAAUUAUUAGAUGCUUAGCUUGUUGCUCAUCCUGAAGAUAAAUCAAACCUUGAGACUUGAGUCACAAAGCUGCUUAAUAAAUUAAACAGAAUUUAAGCAGAAAAAGAAAAUUUACAAAGAAAAUGGAUGAUUUUUGGAGCCUGAUUUGUAUGGACUAUGAUUGUUCCAAGGCCAGAGAAAAUCCUUUCUGUAAUGAUUUCAAGUUCUUGCAAGAUCAUUCCAAAUGCAUCAACAAUUUGUUGAUCAUUUGCUUUGAUAUCUUGCUGCUGAUCAUGCUGUCAUUCACUAUGAUCAAGAGGACUUCAUCAACUCCAUUUCAUGGCCAAACGCGAGCCGAAAGAUACUCAAAUUUGCAGCUAGUUUCUGCCACAAGCAAUGGAGUUCUUGGCUUGGUGCAUUCAUGCUUAGGAAUUUGGAUUUUGGAGGAGAUGAUAAGAAAAAACCACACUGCAUUGCCUCUUAAUUGGUGGUUGGUAGAAUUCUUUCAAGGAAUCACAUGGCUUUUAGCAUCCUUCACAGUAUUAAGUCUUCGGCUUAAACAUUAUCCGCAGAGGACUCUCCCUGAAGAUAGCUCUAGAUGUUCUAUCUUUUCCAGCAUCAAUCUUAGUACUGUUAUGCACAUUCAAAGUAUGUCAUCGCGACGAAAAAUGGAAGGAAAAGGAUGAAAGCCUUUAUGCUCCUUUGAAUGGACAGUUGAAUGAAACUGAUUCUGUUGGUGAUAUAGUCUCUCUUAUGGCCUUUC